CAAGCAUCCCAUUCAAAACUUCACCAACUGUCUCUCUCUUCUCCAGGUUAUGGGCAUAUGGCCCCACUAUCGGCAGGUGGAAAGGCCUUCUGUGUGGUCUAUGCAGCCCUGGGACUGCCAGCCUCCCUAGCCCUUGUGGCUGCCCUACGCUGCUGCCUGAUGCCUGCACUUGGUUGCCCAGGCACCUGGGUAGCCGUUCGCUGGCACCUGGCACCAGCCCAGGCUGCCCUGCUUCAGGCAGCAGUACUGGGCCUCCUGGUGGCCUGUGUUUUUGUGCUGCUGCCAGCGCUGGGGUUGUGGAGUAUACAGAGUGACUGCAGCCUGCUGGAAGCCAUCUACUUCUGCUUCGGUUCACUCAGCACCAUUGGCCUAGGGGACCUACUGCCUGGCCAUGGACGUGGCCUGCAUCCAGCAAUUUACCACCUUGGACAGUUUGCACUUCUUGGUUACUUACUUUUAGGGCUCCUGGCCAUGCUGCUAGCUGUAGAGACCUUCUCGGAGCUGCCACAAGUCUGUACCAUGGUGAAAUUCUUUGAGCCUAGUGGCCCUAUGGCAGCUGAGGACCAAGGCGACAUACUAGGCCAGGAUGAGCUGGCUCUGAGUUCCCUGCCUCCUGACACCCCAGCCUCAGAACAAGUUACUCCAGUAUCAGAACAGACCUGAGCUUUGCUGACUCCAGCCAGAUGACAAGAUUCAGCUCAUUUAAAUUGGAGGACCCUGAGGAGGCCCUUGGGAGUGUCUAGGGAACAGUGGGAAGGAGUUAUGGAUGCCAGGGAACAAU